GUGAAUUAACCAUGAGAAGCUUAAUAGUGCUCGCUUUAUUUGCAACCCUAACAUUGGGUUUUCAUAUAAAUGAUGAAGAAGAGAUAAGCCUCAGGAGGAUCCACGGGGACUGCCUUCAGCAGUAUUACAUCCCCAGCCACUUCCUCACCCACCGCCAUGAAUACCACCGCAUUCCGAAGCUGAAGGAGCACCUGGCCUGUCUAGCCCAAAAUUACGGAUUCAUGAGUGAAACGGGCCACUUCGACACCUCGAUCAUCUACAACAAGCUCAGUAACGCGUGCGACAGCGAAGACGCUGAACUAAUCAUGAACAAAUGCGCAAUUGAACUGGACGAUAUUUUCGAAACGGCAGCGAAAUUCUGGUACUGCUUGGAAGACGAAGGCUUGCCCUACAUGAGUCGCUUCAUUGACUACUACCAAUAAAAAAGUACAUGUUGAUGUAAAGCUGAGUUAAUAUAGAGGUUCGUUACA